AUGGAUUAUUCUAAUAGUUUGGCUCUUUUCUGUUUAUUAUCAUCAGGAGUCGUUUUCGCUGAUGAAACGACGAGGAAACCAGCUGAAAAGACUGAAUACAGCACCGUGGACAGUAAUCUAUCACCAAGUAGUGCGAGUCCUGUACCUAAUACAGAUUCAACCAGAGUAAACCCAGCGGAUAACAAUCAUAAUGCAGUAAAUAUAACAAGAACAAGUCCUACCGUAAAUAAUAACCAAACUGCCAUAAAUGAUUCAGCAGAAUUUCGUUCUCAAGACGAUGCUUAUAAAGCAAAUAACUCGGUAGUCCAAGAAGACCUUCUAGAUAUAGACGACGCAGACUGGAAAUUCGAGAAUGAAACCAUUAUUGAUACUAGAAGAAUAUUACGCUCAAGUAAAGUUGCCGCUGGAAAAAGACCUUACAUGGUUUACCUACAAUUGACGAAGAAAUCAGCGAAAGUCCACAAAUACAAAGGCUGGUUGUGCGGUGGAGUCAUCGUCCACGAGUACUUUGUGCUGACGUCAGCGGCUUGCGUUGAAGACGCAGAUCAUUUCUACAUCGUCUCUGGGACAACCAAAUAUGUGGACCUUUCAAAGCACAAAUGCAACGAUUGCGUUUGCAAGAACAGGCGGAGAGUAAUCUGGAAAUGUGUACCCAAAAAGUAUAAAUUCGACUUCGAAGACAGCGCAAAGUGGGCCUCAAAUGAUAUCGCUAUUGUGAAAGUUAAUAAGAGGUUUAAUUUCAAGAAAGUUGAAAGAGGCUGCGAGUUUGCUACAGCUCCAAUUUUGAUCAAUAAUGUUACUAAGCUUCUAGAAAAAGCAGGAACUAAGAGUUAUAUUGCUGGAUGGGGCAGCACAGGACAAUUCAGAGAGGGAGUUUACAGAAGACAGAAAGAUUUCAAAACAAUUAAUUCUGAAAGUCUAAACGAAGCUAAAGUUUGUGUCAUGGAUAAUAAACGUUGCGCUAAGAAAUGGGCCUCAAGAUUUAGGGAAAUCAUACAUACCUACAUGAUCUGUACUAAAGAUGUCAUAUCGCCUCAAAGUGAACUUUGUGAUACACAAUAUGCCAAGUGCACAGACCUGGAAGCUGCAAGACGGCAGAAUGACGUAGGAUCAUAUUCAGAAGCUGAUCUCAAUAACAUGACAGUGGAUCUUGGUCACCAUCUGAUAGCACCAGAUGAUGUUUCCGGUAGACGAACCACUCUUGGAGGAUUUUGCGAAAAUGAUCAUGGAGGACCUUUGAUUGUCAAGUAUAAGGGAAAAGAAUAUGUCACUGGAGUAAUAUCUGCAUGUAAAAUUGAUCCAAAGAGCCACAGUUGCCGUGGACCUUUCCUAUACACAUCAGUUUAUGUGAACAGACAGUUCAUUUCAUGCUCCAUUAAUAAGGAUACUAUAGAAUCAUGCCGUAGAGUGUUCCGUACAGGAGUUACACAUGAUGAGAUCAAUGUAGAUUGGACAGGAAUCGAUGCGUAAGUUACAUCAUCAUCAUCAGCCUAUAGCAGUCCACUGCUGGACGUAGGCCUCUCCCAAAGCACGCCACUGGAUGCGAUCUUUAGCUUUCCGAAUCUAAUCAUUACCAGACACCGUUCGCAAGUCGUCACCCCAUCUAGCCGGAGGGCGUUCCACACUACGUUUGCCUAGUCGCAGCCACCACUCCAGAACACGUUUACCCGUUUACGUAAGUUACAUUACAAAAAAAAACCAAAAAACUAGCAUUACGUUCCAAACUUUUUGUGGAACUCUACUCCAUCAAACAUUAAUUUCUAUCUUACUAAAAACAGUUUCUAAUAAGAAAUGAAAACUUAAAUUUCAGAGAUGAUGAUGAUGAUGAAAAGUAAGAUAUCAACAUAUUUUACAGAAUUAUUUCAGUUUUUAUUAUUAUUAUUAUGUAAGUACUUACAUAUAUUAAUGAUGUCAGCAUCAUCACCAGUUAUUUAAUCACUGCUUUUUAAAUUCAGUCCCAAUGACGAGGAGGAAUCUGAAGAUGCAGAAGAAGAUAUAUCCAAGUCUUCUCGGUAAGAAGGUAUAAAAAUAAUACAUGUAUUUUUACUCGUUACGAUUAACACCAAACGUUGUUCGCCUAUCAAACAUCAGACCCCUUAGCAUGAAUUUUCAUCGUGAACGUGAAGUAUUACUCGAUGAAUUUUGUAGGAAAAUUUUUGUUCUGCUACAGACCGCCAAGGGCGCUGUUCAUAUUUUCAUACAAAAUUACUCGAUGAAUUCUACUUCACGUUCACGAUGAAAAUUCAUGCUAAGGGGUCAGUUUCUUUAGAAAACACGCACAGUCCAACACACAAAAACACCAACUUACGUGUGUGCGUUCAUGCGUUCAAUUUCCUAGGUUUUAAUAUUUAAAACUAUAUUUUAUACGCUGAGUUGCAGAAAGGCACUUUAAGCUAAUGUCGGCAUUAAAUCUAUGUCUGUCUCUUUCUGUCCGUAUACUGUCAAAGCAAGGCAGCCUGCCUUAGGCAGGUAUACAUUUAAGGUCAUCAUUAGCUUAAAGUUCCUUUCUGCAACUCAGCGAUAGUCUCAUAUUUUUAUCUUCUGUAAAGC